AUGUUGCAUGUUGAAGGACUCGCUGAGGAGCAGCAGAGUCCCGGGGACAUGGACGUACUUAUAGGAUUCGAGACGAAUGCCCAGGGGAAGGGAGCGAGUGUUACGACGGAACAAGAAGGCUGGCCAACUACAGGACAGGAAGGAGGGAGGUCGCAUGAGACCGGCCCUGGACUCCGAGGACUCGAAAGUCAGCGUUACAGUCGGGUACUACGGAGGAGUAUUACUGCCCGCCGGAAAUACCUUGCUGAGCUUGGAACCGGCGAGCAAGAUGGGAGGACGGAGCGACAGUUAUACGAGGACAGCUGGAUUGCUGUCCUUGAUGCUGAAGCUACAGUUAUACAGCAGCGGAGGGAACAUCGAGGAGCUAUUGGAGCAAAGACUGAAGCAAGCGUUCGGGCCCGCGCUUCGCUCCUUACUGCGAUGAAAGAGAAGCGGGUUAUCAACCCCCCUUUACCAUCACCCCGGAACCGUAUACCAACUCUCCAAGCGCAGGAGUUAGCUGGUAGUGAAGCAAACGAUGCUAUCACUAUUGGUGACGACGAUGACGACCAACUCCAGCCCUACGCCUCCUCCUACGCCUCCUCUUUUUCUCCGCCACCAUCCUCCUCCUCAUCCUCGUCUCGUCAGCCUCGAAAGCGCCAAGCUACUACACUUGACGAGGAUGAGGUAUUCCAUGACCGUGAAGAGCGCCGUGACGAGCGCUUCUUCUCAGUUAUGGAAAACUUCUCGAAGGCAGUUGUAGAACCGCCUUCACAAGUGAUAACUAUCCCUCACGAUAUCGAGGGGCAGUUAGAAGCGUGCCUCCAGCAACAGGAGAAGCGUAUUCAAGCUGGAAUUGCUGCCCAGCUUGAAGACUUACGAAAAGAACAGAUGGUGAUGUUCUCUUCGUUUAUGCAGCAGAUACGACAGAGAGAAGGGAGAGAGGAAGCAGGGUAG